GUUCUGACACAAUUGCUGUUUCUGUGUUAUAUACAGUGACAGUGGGGUGACAUAUAUACUUAGCUUACAACCUAGGCAUUAUGGCAGAGAAAUGCUUAGUCACUGCACAGUGUAAACACAAAGCUCUCCGUGUUGUCACCCACCACUAAGCACACACAAACCAGUUAAACCCCUUUGGGCGUAUUGGCACGACGUAUAAUCUGAAUGUUAAUUCAAAGGAAAGUAUCGUCUAUUGCUUGGACCUGGUUGGAAGUAGAAGCACCUCUCUACAUAAACACUGCUGCGUUAUGCCUCUGUCCCCAUUGAGGUCGCUUCAGUGAGGUCACACUGAGGUUAACGAUGAAUGUAUAAACACGCGACACAUGAACGGAUCAAUACAACCAACGAGGCGUGUACAACGCUAGCAGCAGCUCCAACUGACAAAAUCCAGGCGGUUAAUCAAAAUCAGACUCAUAUAGAACACAGCUUGGCCUGGGAUCAUUAACAGGACGCACAGGUGAACGGCGGCAUGACAGGCAUAUAUAUAACCUAGGUAUGACUUUAUUUAUAGUGACGACCACGUGUGUAUGUUUUGUAUAAGGAAGGUUUAAACGGUGUCAACAUGGAGGACGCACCACUACUCCCGUCCAAAGAGGAAGGAAGCCGUAAUGGAGAGAAAUCCAACGUCAAGAACCUCCUUUUCCUGAAUGGUGUGAUGUUCAUAUUGACGGUGUCAGGCAACCUGUUCAUGCCUGUCAUGAGUCAGUAUUUGUACCAUCGAGUAUCGGAGGAUGUGUUCAACCAUACAUUGGUCAACACCUCAACAACACAGCCGUGUUACCGGAACAAGACAGACCCCGAUUACAUGCUCCAGGAAAAGGCCCAGCAAGUCACCGCGGAGAAACAAAUGCAGUUCACGAUGUUGAGAAGCGCCCUGGCUAUCCUCAGUAAUAUCAUGCUGGGUGCUUAUUCCGAUUCCAUUGGUAGAAAAUUCCUGUUUGUGGCCCCUAUGACCGGGCAGCUGAUAAGAUCCGCUUUCGUGUCUGUUAUCAUCAGAUAUAGGCUUGACUUGAACUUUCUCUUCUUGUCCGAAGGGAUAGAUGGUCUCCUAGGAAGCUAUUACGGAAUCUUGCUUGCGUCCUAUACAUUCACCGCCGACAACACCCCCGCAACGGGGUCCCGCACCAUCGGCAUCGCCGUUGUCGACCUCACCGAAUUCUUCGCCACCUCCCUGGUCUCAAUAGCCAGUGGGUAUUUCAUCCAGGAUGUGAAUUUCUUCUACCCGGCUCUCACUGCCACGCUGGUGUGUUUGGUGGCUCUUUUAAUUGUCAUACUGUUCCUCCCGACAAGCAGAUAUGCUAGCGAGAGAAGAUGGAUGGGUCCAGUGGAAGGACUUAAAAGAGUGUUUGGAUUUUAUGUUCUCGAUAACACCACCUUAAAGAAAGCGUGCUUCAUCCUUAUUUUGCUUACUUUUGUGUUUAACGUCAUCAGUGCUUUAGGAGGCUCCAGCAUCAACACAUUGUUUCUCCUGAAUGCGCCCUUUUGCUGGACUCCCGAAAAACUGGCAUAUUACGUGACAGCCUUCACAGUGUUAUGUCCCUUAAUAGGUGUACCCUUAACCAGGUUGUUCCAGGUGUGCCUGAUAGACGAGAUCAUUGCCGUCAUAGCGACAUCAGCAGCCGUCGCAAGUGAUGUCAUACACUCGUUUGCGUCGACGGAUGUCACCAUGUAUAUAGUUGUAGGUGUGUCCUCAAUCGGUAGCACUUUGUCCAGUAUUACCCGAGCCAUCAUGUCCCGCAUGGCACCACCCGACAGGCAAGGUUCACUGUUCGCCAGUAUCGCGGUAAUGGAGACAAUCUGCUCGCUGGUUGGAACUCCUUUAUUCAGCAACAUCUACCAGAGCACUGUUGUCAUGUGGAGAGGACUCGUCUUCAUCGUCAUGGCGGGAAUGCACGUCGUUGCUGCCGUCAUACUCGUGAUAUUCAUCUUCGUAUCACGCCCAGUGAGGGAGGAACAUAAGAGGAUGAAGUCGUUGAAUGUUCAGGAGGAGGACGCGAGGAGCUAGUCCAACAGAACAUCCAGGACUGUGUUUGGUUUGGUGUGCAAUCAUUGGUUGGUUUGUUGUUUAACGCAACACUCAGCAAUAUUCCAGCUAUAUGGCGACAGUCUGUAAAUAAUCGAGU